AGCACACGGAGGGCAACUUGGGGGCCACCUCAGGAACUGACAGGGUGCGAGGCCUCUCCCUUGCUCUAGGACGAGGGGCACCUUGCACUGACCCCAGUUUCAACCUCACUCCCCCGUCUCCACUGCAGGGGGUUGGGGGGGGGGGUCCAGUAGGCAGCACAAACUCCACGAAGCAGAACUCGUUCUUCCCCUCGCUGUGCCUUCCCAGUUCUUCAGGCCACAGCCCUUCGGUCACUCUCUGCUCCCUCCCCUCGUGCCCACGUAGGUCAGACCCUGGCGGCUCCUUCUCCAAACCAUUACCAGAAUCCACCCUUACUCUUUUCCUCCCCGGUCCCUCCCUGGUCCCUCCCCGGUCCUGUCCACUGUUUUCUCCCCAUCUGGAGAGUCACGACAGCCCCUCCACCAUCUCCUCGCUCCCCCGCCCCCACGCAGCCAGAGCGACCCUGCGGACACCCAUGUCUGGUCACAUCCCUCCCCCGCUUGGAGCCCUCGUGUAGCUCCAUCUCAGGGGAAAGGACAGAGCUGUCCCCGUGAUCCACAGAGCCCCGCGUGGUCUGCCCCCUGCCUUCCAUUUCAACCCACCUCCUCUCUCUCGUGCUCUGAUCUUGCUGUCCUAACUCUGCAGACUCAUUUUUUUUUUUAAUUAAUCUUUAUUUAUUUUUGAGAGAGAGAGAGAGAGAGAGACAAUGUGAGUGUGGGGGAACAGGGAGAGAGAGGGAGACACAGAAUCUGAAGCAGGCUCCAGGCUCUGAGCUGUCAGCACAGAGCCCGACGUGAGGCUCAAACUCACGAACCACGAGAUCAUGACCUGAGCUGAAGUCAGACGCUUAACUGACUGAGCCGCCCAGGCGCCCCAGUCUGCAGACUCAUUCUUGACUCCGACCUUUGGGCUGGCUAGUCCCUUCUGUGGCUACUCUUCCCCUCAAUCUUGUGUGAUUGCCUCCAUUUUAUGACUCAGGCCUUAGCCCACAUAUCACCUCCUCAGAGAGGACUUCCCUGGCCGGCCAAAGGAAAAGCCGCUCGCACUGUGUGAUGCAGGCGUCUGCGGUCAUUUCCUCCUUCCUUAUAGGCGCGGAGUUGAGCGUUGUGUCUUCCCCUUCUCAAAUGUCGGCCCCAAGAGGACGGGGAAGUUUGCCUGCUUGUUCACUGCUGUCACCCGGGCUUUCUGAGAGGGCGGGGCAUAUAGUAGGUGCUCAAUAAAAGCUACUGGACUGAGGGUGCUGGGACGGGUGUAGUUCCCAGGGCCAGACACUGUCUAAAUGAACUUACGCACCCGUUAUGUAUUUACCCCUCACCUGUGGGGCAGGUGGCCACCCGCGCUGUCUCACAAAGCAUAAAACCAAUCCUAGAGAGGUCUGGCAGUUUUCCCAGGCUGCACAGCUGGCCGUGGUGGAGCUGGGAUUCAGGCGGAGCCCAGCCACCACCUCUGCGGAAGUAAGUUUAGGACCUCCAAAUCUCCAGAUGAGGAAAAGGCCAAAGAAGGGAAGGAGUUGCCUGAGGUCUAUCUGUGAAUGGCUGCCGCUGGAUUCGAACUCAGGUCGCCCUCCCCGUGCAGCCUUAAGCUCAACAGACCGUGUCUCUCGUGUCUCUCUGGGGGAAGCACCCUCCCUCCAUGCUGACGCUCCGGGACCAUUAGCUGGAAGAGGAGCGGGUGCGGGACGUGGGUCUCCAUGAAUUAUUGAGGGUCUCCGGCAGGUGGCCGCCCGGCAGCUGUCACCCCAGCGCGGGCGGGGAAGGGGCGGUGAUGACGUCACUUCCUCCCCCGCGGGGCCACUGGCGCGGGUUAUAAGGAGCUGCCGCGCCAUCCCGCGCGGCGUCGAGCACCCUGGUCCCGACGCCCCACCAUGCAGAGCCGCGGGCCCGCCUCCGUGCUGCUGUUGCUGCCGCUGCCCCUGCUUCUGGCGCUGCUGCCGGGGGCCGCCACCGCUGCUCCCUUGGCGCCAAGACCUUCCAAGGAAGAGCUGACCCGCUGUCUGGCAGAAGUGGUCACAGAAGUGCUGACGCUGGGCCAGGCCCAGAGAAGCCCCUGCACAGCUCUCCUCCACAAAGAGAUGUGUGAGACAGAGCCCUACGGCUGUGUGUCCACCAAAGAGAAAGGCCUGCUGGUUGGGGAUUUCAAGAAGCAAGAGGCUGGGAAGAUGAGGUCCAGCCAGGAAGCGAGGGAUGAGGAAGAGGCAGCCGAGAGGGCCCACAAGUCUGAGGUGCGGGAACAGACCAUCCGCGAGCAGCUCCAUAGCCGGCUCCACCAGGAGGAGGAGGAGGAGCAGGAGCGGGAGGAGGAGGAGGAGGAGAGGAAGAAGAGGGGGCCCGUGGAACCCUUCGAAGGCCCGUGGAAGCGGCGCCCAGAGGGUGGAGGGGGGCCCCACAAGCGAGUGGCAGAGCAGGCCAGUGACGAGGAGACAGCCCAGUUUGAGGCCGAGGAGAAGGGUGUGCAGGUGCUGGGCACGGGCCACGGCCUGUGGCAGGGGGCCGAGGCGGGUGGAGGAGAAAGGCACGAGGACUCGCCGCAUCACCACCGCCUCCACCAGCCAGAAGCCGGGCCCAAGCAGGAGGAGGAGGAAGAGGCUUCCGAGAGGGAGGAGCAUGACACGGUGCGGCUGGAGCACGUGCGAGAUGAGCUAAAGAAGGCAACGGAGCUUCUGGGGGAGGAGAUCAGGAGGGAGGGAUGACCCCCGACCUCGCGUCCUCCUUCCUGACACACCCUAUGGCUUAUGACUGUUGACCCCCAAAGCUCGCCUAACACCCCACUCCGUUCCCCAGCCUGAAGGAAUGGGGGCACAGGUGUGCCACGCGACCAGGCCCGAGGGGCCGAGUCUGAGCUGGGUAGAGGGGCUGGGCUCCAACCGAAUCAGGAAACACCCGGCCACCCAUGUAACCCACUCCAACCCUGCCGAGUGAAUAAAGCACAAAGAAAACCGCUAA